ACCGAAAAAGGGAGGGCGCACGUUGCAAUGAAUUCUUGAGUUUCUGUUGCCAUCUGAUCCCGCCACCAAUCUUUCCGAAACUUAUGUUCUUUCUCCGAUAAUUAUUUUCCAUCAGACGCUGUCGGUUUCUUGUUACACGGAUCAUAAUGGCGUCCACUUAUCGCGAUCGGACGUUGGAGUUCCGAUCACUCUCCGAGACUCUCAAGAAGAUCGGAGGAACCACUGCCGUUAAUCAUGCUGAAAAUCUCCCAGCUCCAUCCAAAUCUUCGCCACCCUUAUCGUCUAGAUCCGAAUUCAACAAGAAGGCGUCGCGGAUCGGGUUGGGAAUCCAUGAAACUUCUCAGAAGAUUGCUAGGCUAGCCCAGUUGGCAAAAAGGUCAUCGAUGUUCGAUGAUCCAAUCGUGGAAAUACAGGAAUUAACCGUGUUGGUAAAGAAUGACAUUACGGCACUCAAUGUAGCUCUUACAGAUUUGCAGACCAUUCAAAACAUGGAGAUUGCUGAUGGUAAUUACUCUGAGGAUAAAGUUGUUCACUCAACAGCUGUUUGUGAUGACUUGAAGAGCAGACUGAUGGGAGCCACAAAGCAGCUUCAAGAUGUGCUAACCACCAGAACCGAAAAUAUCAAAGCUCAUGAGAACAGGAAGCAAAUAUUUUCCGCAAAUGCAUCCAGAGAAGACCAGUUCAAGCAGCCUGCUAGAACUGUGACUGAGCCUCCCCCUUGGUCGAGUUCAUCAAACACAUAUGGCAGUGCCCAACCACCAGUGCAAAGUAAGGUUUUCUCUAUGGAUUUGAAGCGAUUAAAAAGUUCUUCUUCCUCAAUAUUACCAUCAAAUGGAGGUCAAGUUGGCAGCCAACUAAGACGAAGGUUAGCUGUAGAUAGCCCACCAUCCCAGCAGAUGGAAAUGUCCAUGUUGCAGCAAGUGGUUCCUCGGCAAGAAAAUUAUAUGCAAAGCAGGGCUGUCGCUCUUCACAAUGUGGAAUCUACAAUUUCAGAACUUGGUGGAAUUUUUACACAUUUGGCUACCAUGGUUGCACAGCAAGGGGAACUAGCUAUCAGGAUUGAUGAUAACAUGGAUGAGUCAUUGGCAAAUGUUGAAGGUGCACACAGUUCUCUACUGAGGCAUCUCAACCAAAUAUCAUCUAAUAGGUGGCUGCUUAUUAAGAUAUUUGCCGUUCUAAUUCUUUUCUUGAUUGUGUUCCUCUUCUUUGUGGCUUAAAAAUCAGUACUGAAACCAAGCCGCAGAUACUUGCUGUGUGACACACGUUUGUUCUGAAGGAGUAAGUGAGGCUAGAUUUAGUGGGAAUCUCAAUUUGUUAAUUUUUGGAUAAAGCUUGUAGAAAGGUGGUAAGAUUGUUUAGAAGAGCAUAUACUUGAAUUUAUGUCGGUAUAGGAUCAUAUAUAUAUAUACACCAAAAAUCCAUCCGAAAAUUGUGUCUGCUUUGAUAAUUUGAUAUAAAGCUCUCACAUGAGUAUUAAUCAGUUACAUUAUUAUCUUUCCCAAGUGUAUAUGUUUAUACUUGCACAGAAUUAUGUAAAAAGUUGGUGCUUCUUGAGGGAUUUGAAUAUUUGAUUUCUUUGGGUCA